AUGUCGUUCGAGGACCAGAAGAUAGUCAACCCCAACCUCCCGAAGGGGGACAUGAUCGUGCGCGGGAAGAGGUUAACGUUCACGGACACCAACAAGAAGGCGAGGACGGUCAGGGCCACGUACGAGAUCAUGCGCGUGUUACAGCUUAGGCACAUCGCCGCUCUCAAGCACCACUACCCGUCCAUGGUGUUCGGGUCGAUCACCAUCCCGAAGGGGGAGUUAGUCGCCAUCGUGAUGCAGAACUGCACGUCGGUCGUGAUGGAUGCUAUCAUCACGGACAACUACGUGGUGUUCAUCAGCUGCCCGGUCUGCAAUAGGACCGUGAUCGGCUACGGCUGUCCGUACCCGAAGCCGCCCUCGACGGAGAAGAUAGUCAGGUACUCGAUGCUGAUUUUGGCCGUGUUCGCAGAGGUGUACAUAUACAACACCUCGGACUCGGUCCCGCUCGGGAUCAAGUUCAUCACGCAGACAUGA